AUGGAUUAUUUUACAAGGACCGGUGUUAACAAUGAGAGACUUCUCAAAAACUUCUCAAUAAAUGAAUUUCACAACAUCUGCAUUGGAUAUAAAGAACUGUUCAAGACGUAGCUUCGACAGCCUACCGCUGACAACAACCAUAUUAUAAAUUACAACCUAAAAAUCUCAAACUAUGUGAUGGUCAAUUAAUUUAUCCAUAUGAUGACUUCAGGAGCCAGUCUUUUCUUGAUUCAGGCACUCGCUGGGAGACAUAUUGAAAGAUUGACUGUAAAUUAUCUGGGCUAAAAAAGAGGUUAAUGGGCAUAAAUAGGAUUUUACGUGCUUGGAUUUUUCUACAUGAAUUCAAUACUCAAUAGAAACAAGAGACUAAAUGUAAAUCAUUUGAUUAAUCCCAGAGACUUUAAUGGAGAAGUCUUACUGAGUCUGAUUCUGAAGUACUAUCCUCACAAGGUAAACACAGAUCUCUACAGGAAAAUUAUGGCUGAAAAGUAUGAAGGCUAACUACUAAAGAUUAAUUUUUAUGAGCAACAGAUACUUGAGAAGCCAGACUACUAUUAAUUGAAUAAUCCUGAUGCUGUAAAUAACUACCUUCAGCAUCAUCAAGCUUAAUAAGCACCUUAGCAUCAUUAACAGCAAGGAAACCCUAUGAAUCAAGGGCUGAAUUUAAUGCCAGGAUAGCAAUUAUAACCUUAAAUGAAUAUGAUGGCUAAUCAAUAACAAAUGAUGCAGUAGUAGUAAUAGUAAAUGGCUUAGUAGCAUGCUCAGUAACAACAUUUACAAAAGUUAUAAGCUUAGUAGCAAGUAUUGCAGAUUUAAAAGCCUCAACCUUAAAUACAAUAACAAGAUCUUUCAAUGGUACCUCAAUAAGUAAAUCUCACACCAGCACAAAUUGAAUAAUUAAAACCUGAAGACAGAGACUAGUUCAAAACUUUAGAAGCAACUAAAAAGCGAAUUCUAGACCAGAUGAGAGACCAAUAAGAUCAGUCCCCUUAUCUCAGCACUAACAAAGAAUUUGGCAGAGCUAAUGAUAGCCAGCAAUAGAGUCCUUACUUCUUAAUUCAAAAAUAGAUCAACAAAGAAUAAACUUAGUCAUCUGCAGUAUUUUUUGCUCCUCAGGAAUAAAAAUAGUAGAUCAAUUACUAAGGCCACUACUCGCAUAUUGUAAACCAAGCAAAGAGAGACAGUUCUUGA